CGACAUCAAUAAUGAAGAUAAAAUUAAAAUUGAGGAGGAUUUACAUUCCAUCAAUGAAGCCUCGACAUUUGUACAAUAUGGACAUCCAACAUUACUAAACUUACAGUCACACACAGAUGGACAUCCAACAUCUGUGAACUUACAGUCACAAACAGAUGGACAUACAACAUCACUGACAUUACAGUCACACACAGACGGACAUCCAACAUCACUAAACUUACUGUCAUGCACAGAUGGACAUCUCAUGCAUAUAAAAGGACAACAUCUCAACACACAAAGAACUGAUCAGUCAAAAGAAGGUCGAAGCAGCUCAGCGGGAUCCGACAAAGCAGAAGAAGGCCAAUUCAAAACUGCCAGACCCGAUCAAACAGAAACAGGUCAACUCGGCUUUACAGGACCUGACCAAUCAGAAGAAGGCUAUCUUAGCCUAGAGGGAACUCACGAAACUAAAGCCCAUAAGGCUGAAAGCAGUGACUCAGAAGAAGAAAUUUCAGUGACUGAUGUUAUCAUGGCUCCAACAAGUUUAAUCAGCCAAAGAAACAAAAUGGCUUUAUCAACAGCAGGAUCAGCUUUGUUGGAGCCUGGAGUAGACAAAACUAAAAAUCAGGGCCAUGCAAGUGUCGUCAAUGAGAGUGUCUCUACAAUUUGUCAACCAACAGUUGACUAUGCUUCAAAGGAAGACAACAUCAAGUCAAUGGAAAGGGGAGUAGAAACUUCGAAUUCAACUAAGGACAAUAUUUUUCCAGUAAAUACUCUACCAAGAUCCCAAAUGGUCAGUGGGUCAAAUGAAGGGAUAAUAACAGUGACAGGUGGCAACAUUCCUCUACCAUCGGCUCAAGGUGGUUGUGCUACCCACGAAGAGAUCAUAACAGUGACAGCGGCCAACAUUCUUCUACCAUCGGCUCAAGGUGAUGGUGCUACCCACGAAGAGAUCGUAACAGUGACAGAUGCC